AGCGUCAUGUUUACUGCUACUCGAGUUUUUCGUGCAGUGAUUACAUCCUUCAGUGGAAAGGGUAGAUUUCACUCAUGUCAGACUGUCGCCGAGUUUGUGAAAGAAGGUUAUUUUUCUGAACUCAUUCCAACAAAUAGCGAAAAGUAUCUGCACGAGGCACAAGACAGUUCUGUUUACCUUGGCAUUGAUCCUUCUGCGCCCAGCCUUCAAGUAGGAAAUCUGGUCGCAAUUAUUGGAUUACUGCGCUGUCACCUGCUUGGUUACGGUGUAAUCGCGGUUAUAGGGACCGGCACGGCGUCCAUCGGAGAUCCCAGCGGACGAGUCGUAAAACGCUCAGUUCAAACGACCAAUCAAUAUGAGGUUAAUGCGGCUGGUAUCGAACAAGAUUUGCAACGUAUAUUGCGAAAUUAUCGGGAUCAUUUUUUACCCCGCAUGUGUACUCAUACGCAUCUUAAAUCAAUCAAUGUACUCCGAAAUGGUGAUUGGUUAAACGCUGUCGGAUUCACAGCAUUCUUAAACGAAUUUGCCCACCACCUACGCGUUCCCGAACUCUUAGAGAAAGAAAGUGUCAAAGUUCGCCUUGCAAGUGGGAAGGGGAUGGACCUAAGUGAAUUCCUCUACCCGGCGUUGCAGGCGAUGGAUUUUGCUCACCUGCAUACCAAUUACAACUGUCGCAUUCAGAUUGGCGGCCAAGAUCAGUUGGGUAACAUUCAUGUUGGACUCACGAUGCUGCAACGCAAACUGGGGAAACACGCGUUCGGGCUCCUCGUUCCACUGCUCACCACACCGGAUGGUAAAAAGUUUGGGAAGUCUGACACUGAUCCGGGCUCAGAAUCGACCAUGUUAUGGCUCUCCAAAGAAAAAGUGCUUCCAUUUCACUUGUUUCAGCGCAUCCUCAAUCUUCCUGACAAUAUGGCUUCGACACGUCUGCUGCGCCAACUCACAUUCCUAUCGAGGGAAGAGAUAGACAGCCUGAUGAUGGAACACAAGCUUUCGCCGGAUACUCGGCCGGUUCAAAGAGCCAUCGCUCGGGAGGUUACACUACUCGUUCACGGAAUUGAUGCAGUUCGUUCCACGGAGUUGGCCACUCGUGUGCUAUUCCCUAAAACGCGACCUGAUCCUCCUCACGCCGAACACGACGUACCUAGUUCCUCACUUGACGCACUGUCCACUGACCUCAAUCCGACAGAGCGUGACUAUUUGUUGAAUUAUCUGGAUCCAUCUGCCGGGCUGUUGCCCGUUAUCCAUACUGAUCUCCCUCCUUCUACAUCAUCCGAUCUUGGAUCGUGGUUGCGAAACAUCCUUCUGUCGAUUAACAAGGACGCGAACACGUCAGCUACUCUGCGGUUGUGCAUACAAAAGGGGGUUUUUCUGAAUGAUCUAACUUUGUUAAAACCUGACAGUACUAUCUCAAGUUCGAUCAUCCCGGACGAACUCGGCAUUUUCCAAGACCCGAUCUUGUGCGACGCCAUCACCAAAGCCCUCAGUCGGCGCUCUGAUGCAAGCGGUGUAAACGUCCUCCGCGUGGGCCGACACGACCGCUGGUUCCUGGUAACUCGCCAACAACGGACUACUUCGCGCUACCCCGUAGCAAAAGCACGUGAGAUCUAAUUGGUGCGUCCGCCGGGGCACACACACACUGUAAAAAUGUUACCGCUUCUACUUCUCCCCCAUAGCACAACGCAAUAACGAUCCAUCUUAUCCGCUGUUUUUUUCUCUCCAAUGGGUACUAAUUUGGACAUGUCACUCCAUGGUGUCAUCGGCAUUGAACUUCUACAGCCUUGAAUCCGGAAUAAUUCGAGUUCUCCCUUACUUGCCGACUAACUAGGAGAUCCAUCAUUGAAA